AGAGAGACGGUUCUCUCUCAUUAUUUCUUAAAUCCAUAUAUUCACUUUGUGCCACUCAAUGUAACCUGCCCCCCUCCCAACCACCACUCUAUACUCACGCCCGCUCUCUCUCUCUCUCUCUCUCUCUCUCCCUGCCUCUUCUGAGAAGUCCUUUUUGUUGCGCACCCCCUUCUUUCCCAUCUCGGAGCGCGAAUCCUCUGUUUAGACCACCACAGCGGGACAGGAAGUAUAAAAGAAGAGGAUUAAUCUAAAGAGAAAAUAAAAUAUACUUAAAGACCGCGAGCUUUAGCCAGUGGAAAGGAGUUUUAAGAAAGAGCCCGUUUCAGGUGAUCAGCUCGCGACAGACAGCGCGGCAUCUAUGGCACAAAGGCUGCUCACCGUGACUUCAGGCUCUGAACUCAAUUCCGACCGGUGAAGGGGAUUAAAAGUGAACGUUCUGCAGUUCAACCACAAGUUCCUCUCUUGUGAUAGGAUUUCUCUGUCCUGAGGAAUUAAGAUCAUGAAGAUGUCUCCCCCAGAUCGAAGGAAAAGCAUUCGAGAUCUGGCGCUGGAGAUUGGCAUACGAGUUCUGCUCUUCGGAGUUUUCGUCUUCACGGAGUUCCUGGAGCCUUUUGAGAGAGUCAUUCAGCCAGAGGAGAUGUGGUUGUACAAGAACCCACUGGUGGAGUCUGACCACAUUCCAAAGAGGGUCAUGUUCGCCAUUUCCUUUCUCACCCCACUGGCGGUGAUAUUUGUGGUGAAGAUCAUACGUCGAACAGACAAGACAGAGAUCAAAGAGGCGUGUCUUGCUGUGUCUCUGGCCCUGGCUUUGAAUGGAGUCUUCACAAAUACCAUCAAAUUGAUAGUGGGCAGGCCGAGGCCCGACUAUUUCCAUCGCUGUUUCCCAGAUGGACAGGUCAACACCAAGAUGCUGUGCACAGGCGAGCCAGACCUGGUGGCUGAGGGGCGCAAGAGUUUUCCCAGCAGCCACUCCUCCUUUGCGUUCUCUGGCCUGGGCUUCACCUCCUUUUACCUGGCCGGGAAGCUGCAGUGCUUCACGGAUAACGGUCGUGGGCGCAGUUGGCGGCUCUGCGCCAUGGUGCUACCCCUCUACAGCGCCAUGAUGAUCGCCCUCUCCCGCACCUGCGACUACAAGCACCACUGGCAAGAUGCCUUAGUGGGGGGAGUGAUCGGCCUGGCCUUCGCCUACGUCUGCUACCGCCAGCACUACCCUCCGUUCUUGCACAUAGACUGCCACCUGCCUUACGCCAGCCUGGCUGCCACGCCCAGCACCGCCCACGACGAAGCCCAGCCCACCGACAACGCCACCGGCCUCCCCAUGGAGGGGCUGACGGAGGGGCCCGUAUGACUAGCACAGACCGCCCUCCCCUCGUGGACUACAAGCCACCUGGACUAAUAGCACUUAAACAUUCCAGUGGACAUGACUCCUCAUGCUUCUCCUCUCACAUCUUCUUCAUAUUUUAUUUAAUUUGAUUUUUUUUUUAACAUAGUGUGCAUGCACAAUGCAAUUGGGGUGGGCAAGGGGAACAUCUAAACACACACACACACAGGCAUACACACACUGGCACACACAUGCACUCACAUUCGACAGGAAUGUCACAGUAUUAGCAAAGUAACCAAGGAAUAAAAGUACUGUAUCGGUACCCUGCAGAUGAUCAUGAGACCACAUCUGUUUUUGAAGCCCCUCUGUCUCAACUCUGCCGUUAGCAUGAUGCUAACAUUCUAAAUAUUUACAGCAGACAAAAGCUCUCCCAAUGUCACCAGAGUAUUUGGACAGAUAUUCCUGCGCAGUUGCCGAGUACUGUAUUCUGUAUUGCCCUUGACUUCUUGUGUGAGUCCUGCAGGGAAAAUGAAUGGACUACCGUACACACGCGGUAAAUGUGGGCUGGCAAAUUGCUUUUAUAAAUCAUUCAUGCUGAAAUAAAUCCAAAAGUACAUUAUGACACUGUCGAUUUUCAGAGCGCUAACCCAUCAUCACGAAGCAGAAUCUUGUGUUUCAAACCAAACCAUGCCCUGGACGAGCGUGUCCAACAAGCUUUAAGAUAAAGUCAGGACCCCCCCCCACACACCCCCCGCCCCUCACACCCGUUGUACUGCUUGUCCAUAGUGACACAAUGAUAAAUACUGACCUAAUCUAAUCUAGUCUAGUCCUCUUCAGAGGAUCUCAGUCACCCCCCCACACACACCCACCCACCACACACACACACACACACACACACACUUUUACACUUCCACAUUUUAUCUCCUGCUCUUUCUCACUUUGUCUUGGACGCUAUCUGUGACAUUUCCUCCGCAAUUGCCAACCUUAAAUUUAAAUGCAGAUUAGAGGUUACGGGGAGGAAUGAAUGAUGAAUGAUAUAUUCAUGCAAUCUGGAUGAGACAACACUUUUACACUUUCACUCUGAACCGGAAUGAAUCUUCAUUAGGUGAGGAGGGUGGGAAUUGACACGGAUAGAGUGAAGGCCAAACAGAAAUUAAGCACCCUAAGUCAGCCAUGGCAAAGAAGGCGCACUUUAGACUUGUGCUUCAUUUCUCUCUAAAGAAACACAAUGUGGUGGUGUUGCAAAUAGACACUUCAGAAAGGUCAAAUCUUGCAUGAAUAGUGUGGCAUUUCUAAAAUGCUAUUUAAACAUUACUGUCCCAUUAUAGCUUAAUCGUGUUCACAUUGUGGCAAGCUCACAUCGAUUUGCCUCUUCAAUAAAUACAAACACUGAAUACAGCAAUUUAUAGAUAAUGGAUAAAAUAUUGAAUCCACCAGGGAAUUCAGAUGGUGGGAACUACUUAAGGACACAAUUUGUCAAAAUAAUUAGCACAUAAUUUAAUAUACUGGAUUGGUCAGCCUUCUAUCGUAUGUAGCAGUAGGCCUUGAAAGCCUGAAUAUCACUUAAAAUGAAUUGCGAUAACAUUUGGACAAUGUUGUGAGAUCAUCAUGUUUUCACCUGAUUGUACUUGCCCACGAACCUCAGAUCAAAUAAUGCCUUCAUAUUUGGCUGUUCCUGAGGCCUGCCCCUUACAUAAUGUCAAUCACUAUUAUGCUUUGUGUACCUGAAGUCCACACAGGUAGAACAACCUGAGUCUGUUAAAGGAAAGGCUAGAAUGCCGUUCUCACUCUCUGUGAAGGAAACAUAACUGUAUAAGCGGGGAUUUAAAAGCUCACCUAUGCACCUAUCAUAUUUAACAGCAAUCAAGGGCACCAUUCUGCAAUAUGUCUCAGUUUGCACAGAGAGGAGGAUGGUUUCUUAGUGUUCAUCAUACUGCAACUCGACUUAGGUCACCUCGCUUCUAUUAAAUCUUCACAUCACUAGAUUUUACGAAUCCUUGCUGCCCAUCGUUUUCAAACUGGCCACUGUUUUUUUUGUGGACGUUGUUAAACACGGCAAGGUUUCUGGUGCAAGACUAAACUGAUAUUUGUAUUUUAAACAAGAGCACGAGCUUUCCAGAAAGAACCUUCACUUUCAUGGUGGAUGAAUUGCUAAACACUUGAGGAUUGAUUUUCUUCAUGAGAGGCAUACUGCAUUCUGAUGAUUUAUGUUCUCACAGCAUCACAGUAAUGUUGAAAUCACAUAACAAUUAAAAUUCAACCCAGAAUUCUGCCCCCCAAUCAUAAAUACAGUUCUCUUACUGAAAUCGUUUCCUGCAGCGUGAAAUGAUGUAUUGAAAUGAUAAGAUUACAGCAAAGUUUCGGAAAUGCAUUUGCAACAGCUUGGGUUUCAUUCAUGCCCUGCUAUGUAAAACAUCAGCAUCAGUACACAAUCAUAUUUUACUUGUUCUGAGAAGUUUGCUUAAAAUGAGUCUUUGGGGGAAAAAAACAACGUUUAACUGUCAUCCAUAAAAAAGAAAAGAAGAAUAUGUCUGAUAGCGUAUAGUGUCAUUGACCAUGGCAUGCCAGUACCAUUUGUGAAAAUAAGAGUCUAUUUUAUAUAGAAAAGCAUGUCUGAGUGUAAGAACACUUAAAAUGGUGCGUUGCUGUUUAUAUACUGUAUGUACAUAUAAAGUCAAAAUGCAACCAUCUCAGUAUGGUGUAUGAACAGAGAAAUCAGGAGGAGAUUUUUGCACUUCAGUCAGUGUAUAGGACAAAACUGUGCUUUAUCUUUAUGGAAAGAGAUGAAGAAAAAGACAUGGCUGCCAUUUGGGAUCGCUGUACAAACCCAGAGUUAUCCUUUUAUAUAGGGUUGUGUCUAAAAAAACAUCUGCACUAUCCCAUACACUGUUUACAAACAACAAAAAUUAACAGUGCACUUGAUGACAAUGUGAACAAUUUGCAUUGUAUGGCAAAGUAUUUAUGACAAGGUAUUUGAUAUAUGAUUCAAACUAUUAAGUUGCUUUAAAAAGAUUAAACUUCUAUCUGGCAGCUAUUUCUUUUCUUGCAGUGUGCCGACAUAAUUUAGUAUUUGAUGUUUAUUUAAAUUACCAUGACCCAUGAUCUGGAUUAAAAAUCUCCUCAGCUAUCUGCUGUAAGUCUUUUGUGAAAUACAUGUUUGUGCUAAUAAUUUAAAAUAAAUAUUAGGAGGAAGUUAAAUGUUAAAAGCCCUAGAAAUAAAACUAAAGGCAUAUAUGAACAAAUGGAAUCACCUGUUAAUAUUUGUCAUUUUUGAUGAAUGCUCGUAUUACCUAUUAUGUUAUUGGACAAUUAUAAAACUAUGUCAGAAUUAAUUCCAUGGGCCCUAUUUUGGUGACAACAUUAGCACAAAAUCCACCUGGACACUUGUCAAAUUUCUAACUUUGUCCUGGGCAAGUGGAAUAUAUUUUGCCUCUACCUGGAUUGGAAAUACCGUGGUCUGCAAUAAAGGUUUUUGCAUUUGUGA